AUGGAUAUUGAAGACAAUGAAGAAUGGAAUGAUUAUUCGAACUCAUUGAAGUUCUAUGAAAAAAUAGAAAAGUUAUAUUAUGAACAUAUGAAAGAGGCCAAUAAAAUAAAAGAUUGUAAUAAAGAGAUAAGUAAUCCUAAUAUAUUAAAAGAUGAUAAUGAAGUAAAGAGUAAUAUAAGAGGAGGAAAUAAUAAUAUAAUAAAACCGAGUAUGUAUAAUUAUGAUGUAAUAAAUUAUUACAAAGACGAAGUAAAUUUAAAAAAAAAAGCAAUAGAAUUAUCUGAAGAUAUAAUGGAAGCAAUUGAUUACAUUUAUGAUAUCUUUCGUCUUUGUAAGAAAAAUGUUUUUUUAUCUUUUAAUGGAGGAAAAGAUGCAGUUGUGACUUUACAUUUAUUUAGAUGUGCUUAUGCAAGAUAUAUAAAGGAUAUAAAAGGAAAAAGAAAAAAGCCCAAUUUAAUUUAUUUUAAAGAUGAAAUUAAUGAGUUCCCAGAAGUAUAUCAGUUUAUAAAUGAAUGUGCAUAUAUGCAUGAUUUUAAUAUUAUUAUAAUAAAAGGAACAUGGAAAAAUGGUGUAACUCAUUUUAUAGAAAAUUUUCAUAAAAUGUAUGAAAAUGAUUUUUUAAAUCAAGUAAAAAUACCAAAUAUAGAUCCUGUUUCAUUUUAUCCUACUAUAGCAUUUAUUAAUGGAACAAGGUAUAAUGAUUCUUAUAGUGAAAAAUUACACAUUUUAAAUAUUAGUUCAAGGAAUUUUCCACCAUAUUUAUAUUUAAAUCCAAUUUUUUAUUGGACUUACGGAGCUAUUUGGACUUUUAUUUUAUAUUUUAAAUUUAAUUAUUGUAUUUUAUAUAAUCACGGAUACUCAUCUAUUGGUUCAAUGAAUGAUACAGUAAAAAAUGAAUUUCUAAAAUGCAACGAUUGCUAUUUACCUGCAUAUUUUCUAAAAAAUUGGGAUUAUGAAAGAUAUAAUAGAGUAUCAACUAAAGAAAAAUAA